AGAAAUGUGGAUAGCAUUGAGAGGUUUCAGAGGAGGGCCACCCACAUGAUCAGGGGGCAGUAGGGCAGGCCCUACGAGGAGAGGCUAAGGGAUCUGAACCUGUUCAGCCUCCACAAGAGAAGGCUGAGGGGGGGAAUCUAGUGGCCAUUUACAAACUAGUCAGAGGGGACCAGCAGGUAUUGGGGGAGUCCCUGUUCCCCCAAGCACUACCAGGAGCGACAAGAAAUAACAGUCACAAGCUGGCAGAGGGUAGAUUCAGAAUAGACAUCAGGAGGCGCUACUUCACAGACAGGGCGGCUAGGAUCUGGAACCAGCUUCCAAGAGAAGUGGUGCUGGCUCCUACCCUGGGGGUCUUUAAGAGGAGGUUAGACAAACACCUCGCUGAGGUCGUUUGACCCCAGUACUUUUUCCUGCCAUGGCAGGGGGUCGGACUUGAUGAUCUGGUUAGGUCCCUUCUGACCCUACCAACUAUGAAACUAUGAAACUAUGAUUGGGCUUGAAGGAGGAAGGACUGAGAGGAUGGAGGAAGAGAGAGCGGGUCUUUCCUAUAUUUCCUCCUUCACAGAGGCAUUGUGGGAGGGGUCGUUUUCUCUCCAAAAACUGCUGGCUGAGUGGGUCUGCUGUGACCAAAGAGGCCUGAACUUGGCAGCAGCACCCCCAUACAUGGGAUGAAGAGAUGGGGAGUGGAUGGAGGGAUUAUUUAUUGGAGGAAGCUGAAGUGAAAAUGUGAGGGGAGGGAGGCUGGGCUUGAGGGAUUUUUGUCAUGUCCAGCAUCAUGCCACUACAGCUCCCUAAACCUCCUCUCUGUCCCUCAAACCCCACACCUUUUGCCUCUGUACCCCUUCUCCCUCACUGCCUUCCUCACCCCACCAUGUUCCCCUUUCUCCUUCAGAGUGGUCCCCUCACAACCCAUGUGGCCAUGUGCCAGAGGGCAGCCUGGCACCAGCCUGAGUGGAAGCAGUGGGAUUCAGCGACCACCUUUACAAGGGGCUGCCCAGAGAAAAGAAUACAGAGAGGAGCAAGGGAGCCUUCACUAACUGUGGCUGGGAGGAACCAGACUGAAGAAGGAGGAAGGGAUUUGGGGGCAAACACUGCAAAGGACUGGACUUGAAUGGGGGUAGGCCAAGAAGAGAGUUUGAAGGGACAUAGGCUGCCCCAGUCCACCUUGGAGAGACCAGGCAGGAGGGCAGGAGAGUAUCUCACUAAAACCCCUGCUGAGUAUGGGGAGCAUUGUGGGGGUUGUGGAGCCAUGGAGAGGGGACUCCAUGCCCUCUAAUGUCAGUGAUAUUUACAGGGUUGAUUCACUCAGAAACAUGCAGGGGGAAGCCCACUUUCCUGGGGGAACUGUUGUUGCACCCCAAAACCUGGCCACAGUCCAGCCUCUAGCCACUCUCAGCCAGUCUUUCCCUUCAGCUCUUAAUCCCUCGGAUGCCCACUGGUUUCAUCUUCCUUUUAUAUGCUCUCCAACAAGCAGGAAAGGAAUGGGGCCAGAUGUCAGGGACUUGGAAAGAGGGGAGCAACAGGUAUGGCAAGAGCUGCGCAUCCCAAGGUGUGGAAGCAGUCUGGGAGUGUGUCUUCAGGGCCAGGGUGCCAUCACAAUGUCAUUCCACCAUUUCCAGGGUGGGUUUCCAAUUCAUUCACAUGCCCAGAAACCCUAGCACAGUUGGAAGGUGGGGUCUCUUUUCUUCAAAUCUCACUGCACUUGUAAGAACAAGGCCUGUAAAUAUUUCCCAACACUUUCCUGAUGCUCUGCUCAGGACCUUGUUUAAUUCAUAGACUGUUUUUCACAUGUGGACACCAGAACUAGUUACAUCAAGUCCAGUUUUGCCAGCCUGGUGGGAUAUAAAAAUCCAGCAUUAGACCCUUAGAUACAAAUCUCAAGAGGAGUUUAGAAAUCAAGAACUGAUUAAAAUGAAGGUGUAAGCCCCAGAGCUAAAGGCCCUGGCAGAGUGCCUCUUGUAACUCCCUAGCUAUCUCCUCCCCCUGCAGGGUGGGGCUGGCAGAUCAUUGUCAGCAUGGGUUUGUGCACAGUGGUAAGGGCCUAUAGGAAACUGCAUGAUGGCAUAUGAUUUCCUGGACGUUGCAGAGAUGUUUUUGGAUAUUGCCUGGAGAUUAGAUGUACUCACGGAGUGAUAAAGACAUUGCUGGUUCCAAGAAGUGCCUCCACAGCCAUACUCCUUUGUGGUGCCCUAGGGUAUCACACUCAGUGGAGCUGUGGACCAAGGAGGCAGUGACAGCCCCUCACUGCCCUCGAUAUGUUGUCUGCUAUCACCAACCUCCUCCUUGGAUGCUGGGUGGCCAAGGAAAGCGGAGUGUUUAGAGAGCUCCCAGCACCCAAAAUCUCCAUCUCUGUGAACCCCAGCAAGGUGAUAACUCUGGGAGGAAAUGCCACCAUCCGGUGUGAAUGUCAGUGUGCAAGAAAAAAGUUAAUUCUUUGUAAGAAUGAUAUCCCCCUCCGGAAUCUGUGGUUUAAGAAUAAGAACGAAUUCAACAUCGGCAAUGCUGACCUGGGGGACGGAGGGGACUAUAGCUGUCAAUAUUGGCCUAAAACUAAACAAGGAACCCUGGUGAAAAGUGAGCACUUGAAGAUCUUUGUGGCAGACCCCAGGUAUCCGAUACCCAGCAUCAAUUUCAGUCCAAAAAGGAAGCUCACCAUAGGGGAAAACGUGACCAUCCAGUGCCUGGGUGGGUCCCAGGAUGUGGAGUUUUUCUUCUACAAGGAUGGAAACAUGACCCUGCUUCAACCCAUGGCGUCAGCUGGGAACAUGACUGAGCUGUUUAUCAGGAGCGUGCGGCAAGCAGAUGGAGGGAGAUACCAGUGCUUUUAUCAAAAGAAAUUAGAACCAUUUGUCUGUUCAUAUCACAGUUAUCCCAUGCAGCUGGUGGUGAUAGAUUAUACCAACGGUAACAUCUUCCGACUGACCCUGAGCGUCUUGAUCCUGCUUUUCCUGGUACUGAUCAUAGCUGAGGCCGUGUACAGCUGGUAGAGGGGAGGGCUGUAUCCAAGCUCACAUCUGUCUAUAAGCACCUACUCACCCAGACCCUGCUACACCCUGAUGGAGCCAGCGCUUGGGAAGGGCAAUGGAGUCACCAUAAGCCGUAGCACUGUGACACCAAGUUGUAAGGCACAGCCAGAAGAACUAGUGAACCGAGCCUGUCUGACCACAUCCCUCACUGGCCUCCAUAUAUCCGCUGGGGGCUGUGAUGGCACAGGGAUGGUGACAGGGAUGGAGAAGACCUUUGUGAAUGGGUUACACCAAUGGAAGCUGUGUGCCAUCAGGAUGCCCUGUGGGGAGAGGUCUGAGUGCCCCCAUGGGGGCUCAGACUUCAAGGACAUGGGGCACCCUGGGUGCUGCACUCCAGCACAGGUUCUGACCUGCCCCUGUGCCCUCUGGAAAAGCCUCAGUACAGCCAGACCACAGAAGACGUGGGAAUGUAGUGCAGCAGUCUGAAGGCUCUUAGGGAUCAUUCAUGCUGCCUCCAGCACAGACCACGGCACCACCUGUUCUAAUGUCCAUUCCUGGCCUGACUCCCUCCACAGCUUCUGCCCCCAUGGGCUGCACUCAGCCACAGUAGCAGAGUGCAGCCACACUGCCAGCUCUCCCAAUUCUCCCAGUCUCAUGAGAUCUGUUGCUUCUAGUAAAGACUCAAAUCUUGGAGUCCUGAGAGUCCAGGAAAACUUUGGCUCUGGUUUCAAAUCCAGAUUCUGUUUUAAGUCCACAUGGCUGAGAAGAAACCUCCCCAAAGGUUUCCUCCCCUUCCCUCAAAGGGCUAUGAGAGCAGGCAGGGAAAUAUAUAAUUAAAAUCACAGGAAUUAGAGUUCAGUCUCAUGAUUUUUGAUGGCUCCAGAAUUGCAGCACUGUAGGGGGAGGAUAUGAUCAUGAGGAAAGCACUGGGGUUGGGCUCAGGACUCUGGGAUUCACUGUCUGGCUCAGGAACAGUCUUGCUGUGUGACUCUGGGCAAGACUUUUCAUUUCUCUGGGUCUCCAUUUCCUCUGUGUGCAAUGGGGAGAAGAGCCCCUCCUCAGUGCGUUCAGGUUGGGAGUACCUCGGAGCAGGUGCUCUGUCUGUGCGUGCAGCAAGUUCUAGUCUGUAUUUCCCAGCUGCUGCUUCUCAUGCCAUGGAAGAGAUGUUGCUUCCCCGCCAAGAGCCCCUUGGCAGGACUGUCUCCCCAGUCCACAGAGGCUGGCCAUGCUUCUUCCAGGCAGCAGGAUGUCCUCU